UAGCCUAACAUGGAGAGCAACUGUUAUUCUUCCUGGAGCCACCCUUGUCCAAUAUCGCUACUUCAAAUGUUAUGUCAUGGAGCCUAAGAAGGAGAGUGCAUUCUGAAUGAUGGAUACUUUGGAAUCCACAAUGGAGUUGAGAAGUUGGAGUCUGGGUGGUUAACUUGCCAAAGUGAAAUUCGGUUGAGGUUGCAUUAUUCUGAGAAACCUCCGGUUUCCAUAUCUAAGAAGAAGUUCAAGAAGUCCAGAUUUAGGGUAAAGCUGACAUUGGAGGGUUUUGAAGAGGAGGAGGAGGAGGAGGAAGAUGACAAACUGGUAACGACCUCUGUGCAGAAAAUGCCCAAUACUUUAGAAAUCUCCUUAAUCAGUGACAGUGGAUACAAAUCCCGUCACUCACAGCCAGAGUGUGGAUAUGCCUUAGAACUUGGUCAGUGGAUGGAGUAUAGCAUUCAGACCCUGGAGCCAGAUAACCUGGAACUAAUUUUUGACUUCUUUGAGGAAGAGCUGGGUGUAGCAGUAGUACAAGGUGAUGCACUUCCUGGACUUGUUGGAACAGCCUGUCUUCUGUCCUCAACAAUUGUGGAAAAGUCCAGUGGAGUUAUCACACUUCCGAUCAUGAGUAGAAAUUCUAGACAAACUAUUGGAAAAGUGAAAGUUGACUACCUUGUUAUUAAACCCUUGGAAGGCUAUAUUUGUGACAUGUCUCCUUCAUUGUCCAAGUAUUGGAAACCCAGAAUGGCUUUAGACGUUGGGCACAGAGGUGCUGGAAAUACAUCAUCUGCAAACCUCGCAAAAGUUCGAGAAAACACAAUAGCCUCCUUCAAAAAUGCCGCCAGUCACGGUGCUGCCUUUGUAGAGUUUGAUGUCCAUCUUUCAAAAGACCAUGUUCCCAUUGUGUACCAUGAUCUCACUUGUUGUAUAUUAAUGAAAAAGAAAAUGGACAAAGAAUCUUCAGAACUAUUUGAAAUUCCAGUAAAGGAACUUACGUUUGAGCAGUUGCAGCUACUAAAGUUGGCACAUGUGGCUGCUUUGAAGGUGAAUGGCGAUAAAGAAAAUUCAAUGGAUGAUGAAAAUGACGCUUCAGAAAAUCAACCAUUUCCUUCCUUGCAGCAGGUUUUAGAAUGUGUGCCUGAACAUAUUGGAUUUAACAUUGAAAUUAAAUGGCCUUAUCAACAAAAGGAUGGUACCUGGGAGGGCAAUUUGCCAACUUAUUUGGACAUGAAUGAAGCUAUUGAUGUAAUCCUAAAAUGCACUUUGGAAAAUGCAUCUAAGCGAAGAAUAGUGUUCUCCUCAUUUGUUGCAGAUGUCUGUUCACUGAUCAGGCAGAAGCAAAACAAGUAUCCAGUUCUUUUCUUGACUCAAGGUUAUUCUAACAUCUAUCCUGAGCUUAUGGAUCUCCGCUGCCGAAGCACACCAAUUGCAAUGAGUUUUGCACAGUCAGAAAACAUUCUGGGAAUCAAUGUUCACACAGAGGACUUGCUACGAAACCUGGAUUAUAUCCAGCAAGCCAAGUCAAGAGAUUUGGUCAUUUUUUGUUGGGGUGAUGAUACUAAUGAGUCUGAAAACAGGAGCAUACUGAAGAAGAGUGGAAUUGAUGGGCUCAUCUAUGAUAAGAUCUGUGACUUUGUACUGGGACAGACAAAUAUCUUCCAAGUAGAGGAAUUUGAGGAACUGAAACAACAAUUAACAGAGGAAGUAUUUGUCAAUUGCUCAUGUCCUGAUGACAGCCAUUUUGAUUGUCAGUCAACUCCGGUGAACAAUUUCAAUGGGAACAGUUAUCCAAGUGAAAUAAAAAGCUGUGAGCAGGAAGCAUUCAGUGCAGAAUCUGACUCAGGGCAAAGUUGUAGUUCAUUUUGAUCUGUCCACCAUUCUUUGAUUCUUCCAUAUUUUAAUACUAGAUUUCCUUUUUUCUCAGUCCAUGGUGGCAUGAACAAUAAUUUAAGUCUCUUUGUCUCUUUUUUAAAAAGAUGUAUUGAUAUACAGUUCUUUGGGAAAAAUAGCUUUUUAUUUUGUAAUACAUUAAUGUGCCAUUUAAAUUCUAUUAUGGUUGGGGGCAUUUGCAUGACGCAUUCACAUCAAUGUUUACAUUAUACAUUUAUUCUGUUACCUUCCAUCGUUUGUGCAGUGAUUUCAGAUUUGAGUAUAUACAAUGCAAUUUUGAUUUUUUGUUUCUAUUUUGGGUGAGGAAAGCUCAAAAUUACUUUUACUAGAAGCUAACAAAUGGAAAAGAAAGUAAUAUCUUUGCUAUAAUCAAAGCACAAAAUGAACCCAUUACUUCCUUUGCCAUUAAAUGUGCUUCUUAUGAAACAUCAUGAUUACUUUAGAUUUUUCUGACAUAUUUAGAUGAUCAGAAAUAUGUAAGGUAUUUCGAGAUAGAGGCCAAGUGUUUAUUUGCAUUGGCUGAAUUAUUUUUUUAUUUUAGAUAGUGUAAAAAGCUUAUGCCUGGUUGUUACAAGUCUCUGUUGGCCACGCAACAAAGCUGUUAAUAUAUCUAUAUUUCUCAUUUGGAUGACAAGUGCCAACUAUGGUUCUCAUUGUAUUAAUCAAGUAUUGGCUUUGAUAAUGUAUCUCCUGGGAUGCCUGUUGUAUAAAUGAGCUAAUUAAUGUUACAAGGAACAAAAUUAUGUAAUGAAGUAGUAACUGCAUUAUUAAAGUAUUAUAAAAAUAA